GCAGAGCCAGGAGGGAGGGACUCGAACUCCCAAAAAGCAUCAGUCCGAGUUGUUGCAAAACGUCCGAUCUGCAGCCUGGAACUUCGAAAACACGUUUAAAAGUGGAAGUGAAGGUGGAUACCAGGACCAUGGCCGAGGAAGCAUCAGUUGUGGAGGAGGGUCUCCCCCCCUCUCAGACCCCCCUGGUGUCAGUCAGCUUCGAGAGGAACGUCAACUGGAAACAGAAGUACCUGGAGGCUGAGCCCAAAGCUCUGGGGAUCACUCAGAUCGGCCUCAGUCUGUUUCAGAUCAUCAGCUCGGUGCUGUUCAUGUCCAAAGGCCUGAGUGUUACUCCCACUGGCAUACCGGUCAUCAUCUUAUCUCUACUGGUGUUAAUAGCUGGGAGUUUGACCAUAGCAGCACAGAACCUGCAUCUCCCAACGCUGAGGGCGUGUUUGGGGAUGCAGAUCGUGGCUGUCCCCGCCUCCAUCACCAACAUGAUCUUCGCUCUGGUUAAAAUGAAUGAUAUACCCUACUUCUGCAUGCAAUACUACUAUGACCAGAACUCCACCUCCAGAGAGUACUGCCAUAACAUAGAGGGAACGAUUUCACACUUCUCUUCCGUGUGUGUUCUCAUUAACGUUGCCCUGGUGACCAUCUCCAUCACUAUGGCCGCCUACUGCUGCAAGGUGACCAACUGCUGCUCGCCAGCCCCCAAAAUGCCGGUGAUCACGGUGCAGGCACCCCCCGCCCAGCUGUGAGGGGCAAACAGAUGUUCAGCUACACACAAAUGCUACAGAAAAUGUAAAAGUGCACUAAUCAACAUUUUUGUAUAACCAAUGUAUCAAAUAACUAUGUGAAAUGUGAAAGGGGUUUGUUUGAGCAGCUUAUGAGACAGUUGUUAUGUUUAAAGACUUGGUGAGACCAAACCAGAGCUUAAAGGAGACCAGAGGCCUGUACUACGAAGCUGGAUUUUGGCUUAGCUGGCUAACUUCAGGUAAAACUCUGGGUUUCCGGUCCUACGACGCUGGUUCUCUUUUUAGCGGGCUAGAUCUCCAUGGUAACUGAUGCUGAACGGCUAACCUGCUCCGGAGCAGGUUAGGUUGCAGGCUAAGAGAUCAACUCAGUGAAAGCACCAGACCAUGCUCAUAACCCGAUCAAAUGUAAAAGAAAAUGUGUUCACAGCUUGGAAUAAAAAUAAUGAAUACAUCUUGAAAAAUGUACUUUUUAAAGUAUCAAAUUACAUUAUCACGCUUCUGCACAUUUUUCAUUUCAUCUCUAAUAAUACAAUUAAUCUCAGUCUAUUUUGAUCUUUAAAAUGCUACAGUAGUAACAACAAUCAGAAUACCUUUAUUCAUCCCAUAGAGGGGAAAUGUGCAUUUGUUACAGCAAGAAAAGAGCCAAAGACAGCUUAAUAUUACCCAAGAAGCAUGCAUUAAAAAAAUAUUAAAGGUAGAAAUGUUAUUUUUAAGGGAUAAAUGCCUAAAAUAUAUACAGAAAGAUAUUGAAGAAGUGGAAGUAACUCUGGCUGAUCUCUAGCAAUAGGAGGGAAUUACAUACUAAUGGGAAAUGCUCAAAUGUAGCAUAAGUAGAUAAACGUCAUGAAGUCGUAAACAGGUCUUCUAAAGUGUGCUAACAUUAGCCACUAUACGUUACUGCUCAUACCAAGUAAGACUGUAGCAACAAACCCCUGAGUGUAUUCAAUUGAUGUGUAUUACUGCUUAUCAGAGAUGUGGACUCGAGUCACAUGACUUGGACUCGAGUCACCAAUUUGAUGACUUGAGACUCGACUUGACAAAAUCACAAAACACUUGCGACUCGACUUGGACUUGAAGACCAAUGACUCGGGACUUGACUUGGAGUUGAACCUUCUGACUUGAGGUGACUUGAUCAUUUAAUUCAGAGGUCUCCAACACGCCGAUCGCGAGCUGCCGCUAGAAGAGAAGACUCCCGUCGGGGAGAAAAGAAUCUUCAGCC